AUGGAAAUCCAAACAAGACCGUGGACGUGGUUUGGCAAGAGAAGCAUCAUCAAAGUUGAAGUAACUAACGCCAUGUUCACUUUCAGGCAGCGAGUUUGCGAGGCCGCCUCGAAACAGCUCACUGGCCUACGCGAACUUGAGGUCUGUGUAGAGCUUCACCAUAACCGUCGACAGGUCAACCUACGCGAGAAAUGGAUUACACCUCUGCUUCAGUUUCGUCGGUUAGCGUCCCCAAGGAAAGCCGCACGCCGGACUGUGGAGCCACUACCGCUUGGUCAACGACAGCCAGGUCUCGAGAUCGUCAAGGUCAAGUUCCAGCAUCUUUACAUCGAGUAUGCGUCGUUUGCUGGUCUCCAAGGACUGGACCAGGCAAAAAGGGAGCUGUAUCUGCUCUUUGGGCAGGCUAUCGGUCUCGCGAUCACAGGGGCGACAGAAGAAGCGGCUAUGUCUGGGUUCAGAGAAGCGUACGAUGGGAGGCAUGCACAGUACCGACCCUAUCUCCCAGUCUCUUGGGCGGGUUGA